ACCGCGGUGUUUUAGAGCAGAGCAGCCCGUCUGCUGGGAGAGAGACGGAGGAAAAGUUAGUCAAGAUGGCAAAUCCCACAGACCCGGAGUGAAGGGGCACCGCUCCCCGAAAAGCUGAGCCUGUCGCCCGUCCUGAGACAAACCCAGCGAUGCUAACUGCGCCGGCCUAAGAGGGAUUCCCUGAAGAAAAAUGCCAGUGAGGCUGAAGCUGAUGUGACACAGCUUGUGCUGGAAGAAAGCUGACUCAUCAAAUAUCAAUCCCUCUGAGAGCGACUAAGCAGCCGAGAGCAGCUCAUAUCACCUAAAGCCUUGCUAGAAGAGCACCUCGCACCCCUGAGAGAUUAUCAGACAAGGAGAAGGCGGUGUGGACCCCACCCCACCCCAGCAGGAAUAUAUCCAACAUCAGCUGUGGGUGAAACACAUUUUUGGCAUCAGCCUGACAGAGACUUCUGUCCCAACUAAUAAUGACACAGCUAAGAAUACAGCGCUUCAGCUGAACUUCACUGACAGACCUCCUUCGCCACGUGUGCCAGCGACCACCCUUCGUCAACUGAACCUGAACCUUUGGUGUGAAGCUUAGUGAGGGUUUUGCUCCAGCUCCUCUCAGCCCAGUCCGGCGCCGCCACAGUCCACCCGCCUUCAUCUUGCCUCACAGACCAUGAUGUUUCGCGAUCAGGUGGGCGUGCUAGCCAGCUGGUUCAAGGGAUGGAACGAGUGCGAGCAGACGGUGGCUCUGCUGUCCCUGCUGAAGAGGGUGAGCCGGACCCAGGCCCGCUUCCUGCAGCUCUGUCUGGAGCACUCCCUGGCCGAGUGCACCGAGCUGCAGGUCCUGGAGGGAGAAGCCAACAAUCCAGGUGUAAUCAGCCAGUGGCAAGGUGAGCCUAAGGAGCGCGUCAUCUCACUUGUCCUCACUCAUCUCCCGCUGCUCAAACCCGGCAACGUUGAAGCCAAGGGCGAGUACAUGCGGCUGCUGCCACGCAUCCUGGCCCACACCAUCGAGCAUGGCCACCACCUGGAGGAGUCCCGUCAGCUCCUCUCCUACGCCCUCAUCCACCCCGCCACCUCCCUGGACGACCGGGCCGCCCUGGCACUCUGGCUGAACCACCUGGAGGAGAGGGCGGCCGCACGGGGAGACUCCCUGGAAAGGCCUCCUCCUUCUGGGCCCCACCACCACCACCAUCAGUCCACUCCUCCAUCCACCCUCACCUCAUCAGGAUCCUCCUCCUCCACCAACACGUCUUCGUCGGGCAAUCCGUACUCCUUGCAUCACCACCAGCGCUACGGCUCAGAUGACCUCAAUGGGUGGCAGAGCUCCAGGGACUCGGGGAUGGGCGGAGGCUGGCAUCAGCAGCAGCAGGGCUGUGAGAAUGGGCACCUCCUGCUCUACCCAUCGUCCUCUGUGCCGGCAACCAUCAACACAGUUGGAACGGGUGGAGGCAGUAACACUAUCCUGACCAGUGGCAGUGGCAGCCAGCAGCACAGUCCAUUGAAGCGCUCCGUGUCCCUCACGCCUCCCAUGAGCGGCCCCAGCAACCAGCCUUUGGGCCACGUCUGGUUGUCCCAGGAGGACCUGAGGACCGCAAGAGGCCCGGCUCUGGACCACGCUCCCCUCUCACCCCAGAGCAGCAUCGCCUCCUCAGGCAGCGGAGGCAGCGAGCACCUGGAAGACGGUGGUUUAGGAGGAGGUUCAGGCCUCCAUCGCAGCUCCUUCCAUGAGGAGGGCAGCGGCAUGAGGGACGUUCCUGCUUGGCUGAAGAGUCUGCGCCUCCAUAAAUACGCCGCUCUGUUCUCCACGAUGACCUACGAUGAGAUGAUGUCGCUGACUGAAGAGCAACUAGAGGCACAGAAAGUCACUAAAGGAGCGAGACACAAGAUUGUUAUCAGCAUUCAGAAGCUCAAAGAGAGGCAGAACCUCCUUCGCAGCCUGGAAAAGGAUGUGUUAGGAGGCAGCAACCUACGCGCCCCGCUGCAGGAGCUCCACCAGAUGAUCAUGACUCCUAUCAAGGCUUUUGGCGGCGGCGAGGAGGCCUCCCUGCAGCGCCCCCUGCUGAGCCCCGAGGGCAAGAGCGCCGCGCCCGGAUCCCACCUAACAGGGGGAGGCGGAGGGGAGGCCGAGUCUGGAACAAGUGUUAUCGCCGAGGGGGAUCUGCCCGGUCAGUUCACUCGUGUCAUGGGCAAAGUUUGCACUCAGCUGCUGGUGUCAAGGUCAGACGAGGACAACAUCAGCUCCUACCUACAACUCAUCGACAAGUGCCUUAUCCACGAGUCCUUCACCGAGACGCAGAAGAAGAGGCUGUUGUCAUGGAAACAGCAGGUCCAGAGGCUGUUCCGGUCCAUUCCAAGGAAAACGCUCCUUGACAUAGCAGGGUACCGACCACAGAGGAGCCGUUUUGGCCAGUCCAACUCCCUCCCCACCACCGGCUGUGUUGGUGGCAGCGUGUCGGCCAGGAGGAGCCUCCAUCAGUUCCAGAUGCCCUCUAGGAGCUUGCCGGGUGCCAGGCUGGGCCUGCUGGGCAGCGGGGGGCUGCUGGGACCGACUCCUCGCAGCUCCAGCAGCACACCCACCGGUCCCAAGCAGGGGAGACAUGGUCCGUGGUUCGCCAACCCUGGAGGAAGCAACAGCAUGCCCAGUCGGACCCACAGCUCUGUGCAGAGGACCCGCUCGCUGCCGGUUCACACCACGCCACAUACCAUGGUCAUGUUCCAACAAGCUGAUCUUCAGCUGCCAGUGACGGAGCCAGACAUCAACAAUCGCCUUGAGUCUCUGUGUUUGAGUAUGACAGAGCACGCUUUGGGAGACGGUGCCGAUCGCACAUCAACAAUAUGAAACGAGGGUCUUUGUGAGAGCAGCAGGACAGCGCCGGUUCACGAGGCUCUCUCACCAUAAGUCACCUCGAGGUCACCAGCCCUCCCGUCCCCUCUCCCUGUAGCCGAUGGUAGAGCUCAACCAAAGGACCGGGCGGGAUCCAAGACACACCAGAGGGCCGAUCACCACACGGCUAACACAAGCUACCACAUUGGCACCGUCCAUCGGGUUGGAAAAACACACCUCCUGCUCCGCCAGCACGCUCACGGUCACCUGGCCGAGGAGAGAAGAGAAAAGCAGCGGCCCGGACAGAGUGCCAACAGCGCCCCCCCCCCCCCCAAGGAGACCAGAAGCAGCGCUGCAGCCCCAGCCGAGGGGAGACGCUGGCCGGCGGAUCAGGGCUCAGUGAGGCUGAGGCCCCCUCCCUCCCCGACACCGUCUGGUCCCUGCACGUCGACCACAGCUCGUGGCAUCCUUCAAACCCAUCACAGUACCUCAGACCCCAGAACGAGACGAGACAAGCAGAGCCACGACGAUGCACAAGGAAAGUUUGGGAUCUCCUGGACUGUCUUCAGCAGAGGACUGAGUGUCCAGGAGGACGCUUGUAGAGCUCAGUAUUGGGUGGCAAAACAAACAUUUAUUUGUGUUGUAUGUAUUUAUUGUUUACAUAAUGAUGCUACUUUCAGAGGGUACAGAAACAUGUAUGAAUUUCAGGUAUGACUUGUGUGAUUUUCUGUAAAGCCUUGGCUGUCUACAAGCUUUACGCCCCCACAAGUAGCCAUCACACUAGUUUACAACUAACAUGCUUAUUCUUUAUUUUGGUGUUGGCUUGAAUGUUUAUGGAGAAAAGAGAGAGAGAGAGAGAGACGGAGAUUAGAGCAGAGAGACGAGGAUGUGGAGAAAGACUCAGAAAGUGGUAGGAGAAAGAAUCGAGCUGAGGUGAUGCUGGAAAGGGAAGCGGAUGUUUGAACAAGAGACAUCAGAGGCAGGACCUUUGAUGGGCUGAAGAUGAUGGAGGGAGAUGAUGUCAUGUCUAAUGGCGGUGGAGGAAGUGAGUUUCAGUCACACAUUGUUCAUCCACAGCAUGUACUGUAUGAACUCUUUGAAUUCAGAGCCUUUCGCGGGCGCAGAAAAUGUAGGGGUUUUUUAUAUAAAAAUGGGAGAUAUAUAGUGGGAUCUGUCUGCAUGUUCAGAUACUGGGCUUUUCUAAAGCAGGGUGAUAACGCUAACAGCUGCAUGUUACAAGUAGAUAUCUUUCUUGGAGAGGAGGAAGAUUGUGGAGAGGAGAAGAUGGCAGGAGGGGCAGGAGGAGCAGGAGGUGGAUUUGGUUUGCACUCGGACCGUGUUGCAACAUUGGAAUUAAAACAAAAAAAACAGUCAAUCCAUGAAGGGUAGUUUUCCCAGAGAUUGUCUCUUUAGUGCUUACCUCCACCUGCUGGCCAACGCAGUCAUGGCAGGACAGACGCUGACGGAGACACAGAGAAGACAGAGAUUUGAGGAAACAUCAGAGCUUAGGAUUUCCCUCAUAGAUCGUCUGUGUGUCUUCAGUCUAUCCUGUCAGCGCCGGCCUACAUGGAAUUUACUUUCUUUAUUUUUUCAUUCUGAAUCUCAUGGUUAUUCUGUGUCUUAAUAUUUAUCCUUGUUUUUUUGUGUCUGGACUUUAUAAGAGUAGCUUUGUAUUGGAAUAAGCUGGUUAGUAACUCCCGGCCGUGCUGCGUUCAUCAGAGCACACGAGUCUGAACGGAAGUCGUUGAGGGUCGUUGAUUAUUAUUGUUUAGUGUCUUCAUUAGUUGUUUUUUUGCAAUUCUGUAGUUCUUCCUUUGUAUCCUGCACUUGAUAUGAUAAUGUGAUACACUAAAAAUCCAGAUCGAGCUUCAGUCUCAGUGGACAGACAGAAGUCGAGCAGUAAAACCACAACAGGUGGCGACGUUGAAGGGUGGAUGUCAGAGCAGAAAAUAGUCUCUUGUCCAGACUGAAUUAAUUCACACAGUUCAAUAUCGAUACCAGAGUUUGUGCAUGUUUUAGUUCCUUUACUUUCAUGUACAUAUGUGUGAUGUUGCUGUCUUUGAAUGUUUUUCCAACCUUCCAGCCAAACACAACUUUCUAGUUAAAAUAUGAGUGUUAAAAUGUUGUUCACUCUUCACUUAGAAAGUUAAUGCAUCGAGAAAAAUACAUGCAACUGCAACACUGUCGAUUAACGUUUUCACUUAAUCAGUUAAUGCAGAAUAUUUAAAUCUCUCUCUUUGGUUGUUAAACUUUAAGAACUCAUCUUCAUGUAUUGCAAUUACAUAUUUCAAAGUUUUUUCUCAGAAAAAAUAGUUAAAUCCCACCUUGAAAUGGCUCUUAGAUGCAGAUCUAUUAAUUUCAACUGCUUUCUACAAUUACACGUUUAAAUAUUGAAGUAAUUCAGCUUCUUGUGUUUAAGCCAGAAACGGCUUUUAAUGAGACCGAAGACUCAAACCUACAAGUCGGCAGGAUUGGUUCCUCAGAUUUGUUAUGCACGAAACCUCAGAAGUCUGAUUCUAUGUUUUUAAGACUUAGUUUCAAGGUGGAAAUACACCAUAUGGACACGUAAACAAGGAGAAAAAUUUAAAAAAAAAUCACUAGAGGGCGUCUUUAAAGUAUUGAAAAUGUAAUUUCCUCAAUUUUCUUGUUUUAUCUAAACAUCCCUAAAACGCUAGGAUGUUUAGUUUUCUUGCUGAUUUUGUAAUUUGUCAUCAAAUGUAAUUUUUGCAUGAAAAACAACUGGAUAAAAAAUGUAUUAAUUGUCGAAAUGGUGGCAGAUUAAUUGAUGUAAUUAAGCAUGCAUGUGCUACAGCUUUGGUCAGGGUGUUUUUUUUUUUAAACAUCUGCACCCAUAAAUGAAUUACAAGCCUGAUGUUGAGAUGUUCUCUGGUACGAUUCACUUCAAAAAUCACUGGAAAGUUUGGAAAAACACAAUGGAAAAAAAUCUAAAACACUACAGAACUCCUUAAAAGAGGCAGCAAAGACGUGUGCGAUUCAAAUUAAAGGAACAAAAACAUGCAUAAGCUCUGUUAUGGUGUCUGGAGCCCAAACUAAAAGUGGUUUCAGGUCAGUUAUUGCGGCUCAAAACUUCAGUCUGGAUCUGAGCAAACACACGAUCGCUACAAAUAAAGUGUGUGUUGGUAGUUUUACAGCAGCUGAACCUUUUAUUGUCAGUGUUUUAGGUUCCACCAAAGCAUGAAUGAACCCUGUUAAUCCCCAGUGGUUAAACUGAUGUUACACCUUCGACAGCUUUGUGUUGUUUUUUUUUUUUUUUUUUUUUUUUAACGAUGCUUCUCGAUAAGAAACAGCAUCAGGAUUUCAUCAUAUUCUUUCAGUGUCACUGCCGUAUGAAUCAGUACUUAAAGUAGAAGCAAUUAUUUAUUCUUUUUUUCAUAAUUUUUGCAGAGGUGAUACUGAUCAUUUAGGUGUAUUAUUAUUUAAAGUACCAUAUGUAUUAACAUGUUAUGGCUGGUGACCAUACGUACAUCUCAAAUAUUAACAUAGUUAUUGUUGACUGACUGUUUUUUUCUUUUAUUUUGUUGUUGUUGUUGCUGUUGUUCAACUAUAAUCUCGUUUGUAUCUAUCGGUGUCAUGUUGAGAUUUUUCAUUUGGACUGUCAGAGAGCAGGUCCGUCACAGAUUUGGUUACAAAAUUCAGCUGUCGGCAAACAAAAAACAGCGACGUGUUAGUCAUUUCAGGAAGUAGACCGGUCCGUUCUGGGCUUUCCAGUAAAAUAAGAAUUUGAGAUGUGGACUGUGAAUUUGGUGCUGUUGGUUUGUCACAAUCCAACUCUGGUCCUGUGUGGGAGAAGCUCUUAGGUUUAUGUAUAUGUUGCUUUAAAGGAUGAGUUUGGCAUUAUUCUAUAUUUUUUCUAAAUGUUAAAGAGCCCAUAUUCCGUUUUCCAUAAUUCCUGUUGCUUUUUUGUGCAUAUAAAAGGUCAGCAAACGUAAAAAGCCCAAAGUAAACACGGAAAACUCUGCACCUUACCUGCUUGAAACUCCUCAUUUGACGCCCAGGCGUGUCUUUUGUCACUUAAUGACAUCAUCGUGUAACACAUUUGCUAGCCAAAGGGCUAAUUUGACCCCCAAAACACAGAAAAGGCAGUCAAUACAGGACUGCACAAGUAUUUCUUCGCUAGAGCUGUUUCUGCUUGAGCUACAUCCCCUUAUUCAGAAACUGAGGUUACUAUUCAGCACUUCCUGGUUUUUGUCGGUCCAUCUGACCAGUCAGAGCAGACUUGGCUUCUCAGGAGGUGGGGCUUAAAGAUACAGGAGCUGAAAUCCAUCCAUCCAUUCUAUAUACACUGCUUUAUCCUCACUAGGGUCACGGGGCUUGCUGGAGCCUAUCCCAGCUGACUCGGGCGAAGGCAGGGGACACCCUGGACAGGUCAAGAGCUGAAAUGAAGCCCAUAUUUUGUUUUCCAUAUUUCUUUCAGCUUUUUGUGCAUGUAAAGGGUUUGCAGACCCAAAAAGUCCAAACUAAACAGAGAAUACUCUGCUCCUUACCUGGUUGAAAUGCCUCGUUUAAAGUCCAGGUGUUUCUUAUGUUACUUAAUGACAUCAUCGUGUAACACAUUUGCUAGCUAAACAGCUAAUUUGACCCCCAAAACACAGAAAAGGCAGCUGUUUUGCAUUAUUUCCUCGUUUGAGCUGCUUCUUCUCGAGCUACAUCCACAUACUCACAGAUAUGAGCAUACUAAUCAAUACUUCCUGGUCCAGCUGACCAAUCAGAUCAGACUUGGCUUCCCAGGAGGCGGGGCUUUUUGAGACUGGAGCUGAAAUGGAGCAUUUUAGACAGACUGUGAGAAGUGAAAUGUCCAUGAAGAGGAAAAUAAUGUGUUUUUUUUAAACAUUAAAGCUUGCAAACACGUUCUAGUAGAUCCCCAAAACACAUUUAUAAACCUUUAAAUGUGCAGAAUAUGGGCUCUUUAACGAAUCUCUUGAAAAGACUAGUUUUCAACAAAAGUUACUUAAACAGGAGAACAUCUGUUACAGACUAUUUUCAGCUGAGGUCUAAUAUACGUUUGCUGCUCUGAGUAUUUGUGGCAGCAGGAUGGAGUCAAAGUAAACUACAACAUGUGUUUACAGUAUUUAAAGAACACGCCACAUAUUUACUUGUUAGGAUCGACUAACGGCUCGUUUCUGUGUUUUCAUGAGAUUUCUUUAUAAAAUUAUCAGAACCUGCAGUCAAGCAACAUAAUCAAAGGGUUUAUCGAAGCUAGUGUUUGUGCAGUAUUUUUAUUUACGCUCAUGCCAUUUUUGAGUCAUAAAAGUGUUCAUGGAAAGUUCAGGAGAUUUAAACUGAAUCUCCAUCUUUUGUUUUCUGUAAAAUACUGUCUGGCAGCGUUUAAAUAACCCGAGUUCAUGUGAUUCUUCCCGGCGACAGAACAGUUCAGUUUCAGGAUUUGUUGUUUAGAAGCCGACGUCCUGCAGCGUCUAAAGAUCCGCCUCCUGAACUCAGAUCGAACCUGUGAUGGGACAGCGGAGGGUUUCAGCUCUGAGGUCGGAUCAUUACACAUCUCUUCAAAACCAAAUGCUUGUUUUUUUAUUUUCUAUUUGUUCUGAAUGCAUAUCAGCUCUGUGGGAGUGCUUCUAACGCCGUGCACACUGCAGUAUUAACAGUUAGACAAACGCCUUGAUAUUCCAAAAACAUUUAAUGUACUUUAAGUGGAGACAUAUAUGCUGUUUUGUAUCUUUUUUUUUUGGUCAUAGAUUCUGCAGUUUAGUCAGUUUAUGUCGAUAUGGGAUGCCAAGACUUCUUUUUUUGUUGUUGUUUUUUGUUUUUUUUGUAAAUUCAGCAGUUCUGUAACAAAGUGUUACCGCUUGACUGUGCUCCUUUUACUUUACAUUUAGUUUUAUUUUAUCAAAGAGCCGAUGUCCUGUAUUGACUGCAGGCUUACGUAUAUAUUUGACAAAAAAAGAAUAUUGUAUGUUUAAUAAUAAAAAUGAAAAAAACUCAAAAAUGAAAAGAAAAAAUGCCGAAAAAAGCAACGAAGAAAAACCAGGAAGGACAAAAAAAAAGUGUAAUUUAUAUUUUAAAAAACUGCAUGCACAAGGCUGGGAAAGUCAUAUUUAGAAUAACAAAUGGCAGUGCCUUUUUUGUACUCGAGACAUUUACCCCAAAUGUAAAUGGUUUUAUAUGGACUUUAAAAACUGUAACGUUGCGGGAAGAAACUAAAGACGGCCGGGUCGCGUUCACUCUGCAGCCAAGAGAGCCAGAAUUUAGAUUGUUUAACGUUCUGGUGUGAUCCAAGGAUUAUUUUGGGCUAUUUCUAAUGACUUUCUGAAUAAUUUUGAUGCCAAUAUUCUCAGAUUUUGAUUGUCUUUAUGAGAGGGGUGCAAAAAUGUUUAAAAAUCAUAAUUAAUUUAGCUUUUAUUUGGUUUGAUUUCUUCCUCACUGAUUGUUUCGUCUGUGUUUGGCCUAAUUAACAACAAAUACAGUAAAAUAAAACAAGGUUCUCUGCAUCUUCUAGAUAACUGUCGAUUAAUUUAGCCUUCAACUGAGCAAACAAACAUUUCAACUUUACAAUUUACAACAGCAGAUUCCUGUCAUCAAGUUGCAUUUUUUUCUGCAGCUAAUUAUUAGUUCCUUUAUUAGCUCGUCUUUUGUUUUCCUAAUUAACUGAUUGGUCCAAAAAAAUGCAGAAAAUGAUUUGUCACAGUCUCCUAGAGCACUUAUUAAUCCAAUAAUGCCUCAAAUUUACUGCUUUUUAGACCAAAAGUCUAAAACUUUAAGAUGUUUAGUUCACUGUAAUAAAAGACAAACACAUUUGAGAUGUUUAAUAUAAUUUAUUUGACUUUAGUUGCGCUCCCUCAUAUACUGUAAUAGUCUUCAAUAAGCAGCAUUUCAGUAGAAAUAGUCCGAUUGUCUCGUUACUCUUUCACUAAACUGCAAACCAGUUCUUCUUUUACAGACAGUUGAGCUGAAAACGUGUCAGGAAUCAGUGAAUGGAUGCCUGAAGUAGAGCAUUGAGCUGCAUCUUUCACCGCAUCUUUAAAAACAUACAUUCAAUUACAUGAAUCAGAUGUUUAUUUGUGAUGCUAUGAGUGCUGCAGCUCCACCUGUAACGUAGAGAGAGUCAGAAAUCUGCUCAACAUGAUAAAAAACGUCACAAAUUUAGUGAUUUCUGCUUUAUUCAUCAGUUACUGUUGAUGCUGUUCUAACAGCGGCAGCAUUUCUGUUCAUUAUAAACAAUAAAUUAAGAUGUCACUGUAGUUAUUCUCUACAUUAUUUAUGUAUAUUUCAUUCUGUAUUACACAAAAAACAGUCUUAUGCACAAAUUUUCAAAUUCUACAACUGUUUCAACUCUUCUGAUUUAAAUGUUGGAAAAAGUGUGAAAAGUGCAGCUUUUUUUGCACCAAUUGGAGUAAAAAGUCAAAGCUCUCAGUUAAAUGUAAUGAUUUUUCUGGAUGUUUUCCACUAAUUAACGCAGCUCCUUAUCAGAUACGAGCUGCUUUAAAACUCUAAACGUCUCGACUCUGGUUCUGCAGCGCGACCGUGAACCCGGCCGCUGGUUUCUGCACUCUGUAGGUACUUCUUAAUGCUGAUAUGAAGUUAUGAAUUAUUCUGGUCUGUGUAAAAACAGAGAUGUGUGUGUGUGUGUGUGUGUGUGUGAGUGGCUGUGAGACGGUGAGGAUGUGUGUGUGUGUGUGAAUACAUUCAUUUUCAACGUGUCUUGCUGUACUUUUUGUCGCGACGUACCAGAAUGCUGUGACUUGGCAUGCCCCGUUAUACAUAAAAGGAAAAAAACUAAA